CCACACGCCACACCGCUGCAGCGUCUAAUUCCAUCAUGACACAGGCUGCCGUACCAAAGCGCAAAGAAGAUGUCAAUGCUGGCGAGAAUAUAUAACCCGUCGUCUUUCUGUCUUCAUCAGAGACUUCAUUCGACAAUCUCAAUUUCAUCUUGAGGUACGCGCUUUCUACCACUUCGCACAUUGCCUUUCCAACCAUGGCGACCCAGGAGCAAAUGCCGACGAUGAUGGAGCUUCCUUCAGUUCCAGUUCGUCAUACCGACUGGAUUACUCAUGUCGCCGCUCAUCCGGAAACAUCACUGCACACCUUGCUCGAACCCUACAAGGAAUAUGACUCCAAGCUGCGCGAGGUGUUCGCUCAGCAACUAGAACACCCCGCCAUUACAGAGCCCAGCAUCCUUCCCAUAUUCACAGGCCGCGAAAGUGAACUCAAGAUCCGCGCUCGCAACCCCGAGGACGAAUCCGAGGCUGAGCGCGAGCGCUAUCUCAUGCCUCUCGACGAGGCGGAUCGCAAGCCGACUGGCUCUCCGGCAGUUGUGCAAUCGCUCAAUGAGUUCCAGACCAAUUUCCAGCUCUUCUCUGAGUCAUCUCUCGUUGACAUGGAUUGGUCCAAUGUGGUGGUCGCAGGUAGCGCUGUAGUAACUUCGUUGCUGCCGGUUCCUGAGCAACACAGCGGCUCAAAGCGCGCCCUACGCGAAUACUAUCAUCAGAAAUUGGCGCCGGCUUCCGAUGUCGACCUAUUUCUCUACGACCUCACCGAGGAGCAAGCGAUUGAGAAGAUCAAGCAGAUUGAACAACGCAUCAGGGACUCGAUCUUGACUGAGACAACCACUGUCCGUACCAAGAACGCCAUCACUAUCGCGUCGCAGUAUCCAACUCGACACGUGCAGAUUGUUCUACGAAUCUACAGAUCGAUCUCUGAAAUCCUUACAGGCUUCGAUGUUGAUUGCUCCUGUGCGGCAUAUGAUGGCAAGCAAGUCUACGCCAGUCCCCGUGCGAUCGCUGCAUACAUGACCCAGAUCAACACCAUCGACCUGACACGUCGCUCCCCUUCAUACGAGAAUCGCUUAUCCAAGUACGCACGCCGGGGAUUCGAAGUCUACUGGCCGCUCCUUGAUCGUUCGCGCAUUGAUCCCACACUGUUCGAACGCUCCUUCGGUCGCACUCUGGGACUGGCCAGGCUGCUAGUACUUGAAAAACUUCCGAAAAGUACGGACCGUGACGCCUAUGUCGACCAGCGCCGCGCUGAACGUGGCAGACCGGCUAUCAAUCGUUGGGCUACACAGAAGCUGAAAGGCGAUAUCAAGCAACAGCAUGACGAAGAUGUUGCCGAGUGGGUAGAAACUGAUGAGGUUAGCGAUUACCAUACCUUCACUAUCCCAUACGGGCCGAAGUUCCAUGCUCGGAAGAUUGAGAGGUUACUCUUUGCGAAAGACUUGCUACUGAACGCCGAAUGGAACCGCCCUAAGGACCGAGUAACUACUCUACACCGACACCCUUCCUUCUUUGGGAAUGCAAUCGAUGUAAUUGGGGACUGUUGUGGUUUUUGUCCCGAGCCAACCACACCAGAAGAUCAGGAGAUUGCGGCAGAGGAAAGCAAGAUCUAUGUAUCUGGCAUAUUGUCUUUCAUCAAAGAUAACCCUGGACGGCAAGCAAUCGGCUCUUUUCACCCUCUGACUGAUGAUGACUGGACCGAGAUGGCAUAUGUCGGCAAUACAGCGCGACUGUGUCAGGCUAUAGUGGACGGAGAUCUCGAGCAUGUCCAGGACUGGCUUAACCAAGAGGGUGCUGACCCCAACCGAAGGGACUACACAGGGCGUACUCCACUUCAUUUGGCGGUUAUGGCCUCAACUCCGCAGGUCGUUCAAGCUCUCAUCGAAGCUGGAGCUCGUAUCGUCGCUCGCAUCUUCGAUGGUAAGACCGCGCUCCAUCUCGCUGCCAUGCGUGGUGAGGUAGAGAUGGUCAGAGCUCUCCUCAUCAAGAGUGAGGCCAACGAAGAAGAAGAGGCAGAAAAAGAAGCUCUUAAGAAGAAGAACCAGACCCGUCCGGAAAUACCAGAUGCUACCAAUACCAACAACUCCGAGGAACACGCUUCCGACGACGACGAUGAGGACGACGACAUCGAUUUGCUUGAUGACGAUUCCGAGAAUGCCGACGCGACUACUGAAGGCUCAGUUGUCAAGAUCGACCGCAAAAAGUUGGAAGACCACGAUAACCUUCCAGACGAUGCGAAUGACGACGAGCCGGAUGUAUACGACGUUAAUGUAGUUGCCUGGGACGCACCGGUAUCUGCGCUUCAUCUAGCCAUUGCAAAUGGCCACACCAACGUUGUAAAGGCUCUCGUUCAGGAGUUUGGAGCCGAUGUACUAUUGCCGGUCAAGCUUGUCAAUGAUUACAACAAGUCUCCGCGCGCGGCCAUCCUGCCAGUCGUCCUCGCUUUACAGCUCUCGCCCGAAAAGGCCAAGGACAUGACUAGACUACUCGUCAGCCUGGGCGCAUCGCCGGCUCAGGGCGACACCAACCACAUCACGGCGUUGCACUACUUUGCUGCGCAUGGCGUCGAUCUGCUCACCACUUUGAUAUCCGCAAACAGGCCUGCGGCGCAACAAGCCGCCGAUCACAUAUCGCUGAGUGGCUAUUCGUUCAGACCAACUGUGAACAGUCCUCUGAAGACAGCCAUUGAACAUGGUGAUUCCGCUGGAGUUGAAGCGAUUCUAGAGUUGGGCGCGAAGCCUGAGCUUGACUUCGCCACUUACUCUACCGUUGCGAAAAACAAGGGGUUUUAUUCAACGUACAAUACUGCCGAACACAACCAGAAGGCGUUCAGAGAAAAUAUCGAGCAGCCAGUAUUUACUGCGGUCCGUCAUGAGGCACUGUCGAUAGUCUUGAAGCUUCUGGAUGCUGGAGCAGAUAUCAACAGUCUUACUCCCAAAGCUUGGUGCGCGCUGGACAAAAGCAACAACACAUACGAUAACGAUACGGGUACCCUUUUGGAUAUUGUUCGGUAUAACGUGCGGAAACUACAGACCUUCAUCGAGACGGGCAAAGUCGAUGGCCAAGAUGGGUGGUUGUGCUCAGAGGGCUGGGUAGACCGCAUUGAUAACUAUCGGCGUGCCGAGCAAUUCGCCCCGGUACCGCUCAAGGAAGAUGCUGAGUAUCUAGGAGGACUCGAACCGGGCACCUACGCUCAUUGGAUGGUGGGAGAUCAAAUCGACAGCGCCAAGUGGCGUUACGAGCGAGACCUGGAGAGCCACGAAAAGUGGAAACAGUCCCAGAAAGAGCCCGAGGGUACGGGUGAGAAGAAGUUGGCUGUCCAAGCGCUAUUGAUAGAGUUUGAAGCAUUGGAGUCGGAGCUGCUGAGACGACAGGCGAAGACCCUCAAAGAGCUGCACCCAGAUACCGAGAUCAAGAUACCUCCACCACAACAGUACAACUAUGGUAGUUAUGGAUCUGAACCUCCAAAGCCGUGGAAUCCAUUGCUCACCUUUCGGCUUUCUGACUUGACCGACGAACGGCGGGAAGCUUACCUCAAGCUGUUCCAAGCCUGCUGGGAUGCCGAUCUUCCGACGAUCAAAGAGCUUACCUUGUCGAUGUGGGGGGAUAAUCAGACUCCACUGCAAAUCGCUGUUCAAAACUCGCAGAAUUACUCGCCAUUUUCAAUCGCCAUUCUGCGAAAGCACUAUGGAAUCGCUCGUGCUAUCCUGGAAAUUGCACAUGCGCAAUAUGUACCCGAAGAGAAGCCAACAGUCAAGCACAGUUUACAGCCUCGAGACGAUGACGACGGUAGCUGUGACGAUGGUGAGGAUGAUUUCGAGAUCUAUGCUGAGAUUGUGGAUGAUCGCUUCACUAUCGAGAACAUUGGAGAGGUGCAAAGUCAAGUCAAAAGUAAUGUGACGCCACUCAAGAUGAUGUCGUGGACCUGCCCGGUGUUUCGUUUUCUCGAACAGGAUGCUGCGUCAGUCUCACCAUGGUUUCCACACCAAGAGCUUUCAGGUAGCCUUCGUAGCCAACUGCCUUUGGACUCGUCUAAUGGCAACCCGAUACCCGUCAAGAUUCCCGAGGAUGUGCGACCGCAUAGUUUGUUCCAAUUGGCAAUCUACCUGGACGAUGUCGAUCUAUUGCAAUUCCUGAUCGCCAGAGCUGAGGAGUAUACGCAACAUAAUACCGAACUCGACGAUGAGACUGCACCGAGGUUUUUCCGUUUCGACGAAGCCGAGUUCUGGUACGCGAUCCGCCUAAGUCGCACUCGCCUGUUGGGAAUCAUCAUCAAGAACACUGGGGCUGGCAUUCCUUUGGACGAUCUUGUGAAAAAGAGCGGCAUCGAGAUACCCGUGAAGCCAAAGUACUACCAAGGGCUAUCGGUUCACGGAAGGAAGCGAGCGGACUGGGCGAAUGAAGGGAGAGAGACCCAGACGAAAGCAAUUUCGGCGAAGCACCCGCCUUUACUUCAUGCUGCCCGUUAUGCAAGCUUGGAGAGUGUCGAGUGGUUCGAGAGUGACACCGCUUCGCGCUGUUACAUGGAAUUUGCGGAUAGUCAUCGAGACGAUAUCCUUAUCCAGAACUUGGCGAAGACCCAAGGCGGCUUGCAGUCGUCUAUCACAAAGUGGCUCGACCUACGCUCGCAUCUACUGCUCCAUUCGGUGGUUUUGGGCAAGAAGGGUGAAGGGUCUGUCAGCCUGCUUCGGCAUCUAUGCAAAACUCAUCCUAAAGCGAUUGAACAUCGUUCUGCGAACGGCAUGACGCCUCUGCAGCUUGCUUUCUCUAAGCACCGUAUCGAGAUGGUCAAGGUUCUUCUGGAAGCUGGUGCCGAUCAAACCACACGUGACAACGCCGGAGCGAACAUCAUCCACUCAAUCCUGCACGACAGUUUGCAUUACCAGAUGAGCCUAGAAAAGCUUCGCGAGCUUUUGGCGCUCAUCGACACUCGCCUUCUCUCCAGCCUGUUCACCGAACGCACAACGGCGGCUCCUGGCGCAGCUACACCUCUUGCACGUUGGCUUCACGUCGCUCUACCCUCUAACUCAUCGGGCUUCAACUCGGAGAGCCACGAGAACAUCCUCAAACUCCUUUUCGAGCUCAACAAAGGCGACGACCUGGGCAUCGUCAACGGCGAAGGUGAUACGCCUGUCCACCUUGCCGUACGGCGCGGUGCCGAUCAAGUCUUGCGCGUUAUGCUCCAGUGCCGUCCCGACCUUCUGUUCCGUGAGAACGCAUCAGGACGUACGCCGUUUGAGAUGGCAGAAGAUACGUAUCUAGCUCAAGAGGUCUUCAGCAACCCUCCGCCUCCCAGCGAGGCAGGGCGAAAUCGUCGUCACAAUCUUGGGGGCGCAAAUCCCAAUGUGCUUUCACGACAUGCGGGAUCCUUCGUCGAAAAGCCCCGAGAUACUCGACAUGCUCCGGCGAAGGUGUGGGAAGUUUGCAAAAAGUUUGCCGAGAAGAGUCAAGGACAGAAGAGGAAGCUGGUUAGUCUAGUCGAGGCAAAUGAAGUUGCGAAGCGACUGGCAUUGCAGAAGCGGAAUGAGUCUUCGAGGCAGGUGAGAGGGAGGCGGCUCAGGCUCAGGCUCAGGCGGGGCAGAGGUGAAGAUGCCGACGAAGAUGAAGAGCUUGUCGCAGGCGACGAGGUCGAUGCCUGGUUUGGACUGGCCCUUUAAGCGGAUCGCCAGUGUCCGCCAGCCGGUUGCAUGUCUUGUUGGCACGUGCGCUUAGUUUUACCUGAGACGAAGAAUCUGGGGAUGAGGCGCCGAUCUAGCGAGCCCCUAUUUUGAUACAACGAUAAGAACAUAUUCUCCGGCUACCAACGAAUCCGUGUUCCGAACGCGAAUCUGGCCAAGCA